AUGGCCUGUGUAUUUCAGGAAAAUGAUUUAUUAUCAACAGAGGAACAAUGGAAGUUGCAACAUCGGAAGAGGCAUGCAAAGCACCAUGGCUGUGAAUCAAUGCAUACGGAGAUGGUUCUUGUUCUCAUUGCAACCUUGAUUGUUGCCCAGAUUGUGCUUGUUCAGUGGAAGCAAAGACACUGUCGAUCGUACAAUUUAGUCACACUGCUGCAGAUGUGGGUUGUUCCUCUUUAUUUCACCAUCAGACUUUACUGGUGGAGAUCCCUGUCCAUGUGGAAUGCUCUCAGUUAUUACAUCACUUUCAGAGCAACAUGCAAGCCUCUCUCAGGAAGAAAACCACAGUGGGUCUACAAAUGGUUCCUCCUAAUCUAUAAAGUGGGUUAUGCAAUUGGAAUUGUGGGUUAUCUAGUCAUAAUGUUUACCAUGUUUGGAUUUACUUUACUUUUUAGGAGCACAUCUGAUGACUCCAUGGAUUUUGCUGUGACACUGCUCUUUUACGGACUGUACUACGGAGUGAUGGGAAGAGACUUUGCAGAGAUUUGUUCUGACUGCAUGGCUUCCACCAUUGGUUUUUACAACAUCAGUGGCAUACCAACAAGAAAUUUGUCCAAUGACAUCUGCACAGUCUGCGGGGAGAAAAUUUUUGUGGGUAUAAAUGAAGAAGGGAUCAUUGAAAAUACCUACCAGCUGUCCUGUAAUCAUGUGUUUCAUGAAUCCUGCAUCCAUGGUUGGUGCAUUGUUGGCAAGAACCAGACUUGCCCAUACUGCCCUGAGAAAGUUGAAGAGGAUGUUAAUUUCCUUAACAACAGAUUAGGUGGGAAUGCACACAUAUUGUAUGGACAACUUUUGGACUGGCUCUGCUAUCUGGUGGUUUGGCAAUCAGUUGUUGUAGGCAUCGUCCAAAGCAUUAAUUACUCACUGGGUCUAGAAUAG